AUGAAGAAUUCUGCAUUCUUCCUCCUGAAAAUUAGUAGUCAAUACUCUUCAAAUAUUUUCUGUGUUUUGCCAGAUGCUGACAAUACGAAGCCAUUAGAGGGUGUAAAAAUUCUGGAUCUAACGAGAGUACUGGCGGGACCUUUUGCUACUAUGAAUUUAGGAGAUCUUGGAGCAGAAGUUAUAAAAGUGGAAAGACCAGGAGCUGGUGAUGACACACGAGCUUGGGGGCCACCUUUUCUGGGGACGGAAAGUGUUUAUUUUCUCAGUGUUAACCGAAAUAAAAAAAGUAUAGCUGUUAAUAUCAAGGAUCCAAAAGGGGUGAAAAUCGUCAAAGAGCUUGCAGCUGUUUGUGAUGUAUUUGUGGAAAACUAUGUCCCUGGCAAACUGUCUGCAGUGGGCCUGGGAUAUGAAGAUAUAGACAAGAUUGCUCCUCACAUCAUCUAUUGUUCCAUCACAGGGUUUGGUCAGACAGGUCCGCUGUCUCGGCGAGCUGGUUAUGAUUCUGUUGCCUCUGCUGUGUCUGGUCUGAUGCACAUCACAGGGCCUGAGGAUGGAGAUCCAGUUCGUCCAGGAGUGGCCGUGACUGAUCUUGCCACUGGCCUAUAUGCAUACGGAGCCAUUAUGGCUGGAUUGAUACAAAGAUACAAAACUGGAAAAGGACUGUUCGUUGAUUGUAACCUACUGUCAUCUCAGGUGGCAUGUUUGACCCACGUGGCUGCUAAUUAUCUUAUUGACCAAAAGGAAGCAAAACGCUGGGGCACAGCUCAUGGCAGUAUUGUUCCUUACCAGGCUUUUAAAACCAAGGAUGGAUAUCUUGUAGUUGGAGCAGGAAAUAACCAACAGUUUGCUACCGUGUGCAAGAUCUUGAAUUUGCCUGAACUGAUUGGUGACUCCAAGUAUAAAACUAACCACCUUCGGGUACAGAAUAGAAAAGAGCUUAUUAAAAUACUAUCUGCCCGGUUUGAAGAAGAAAUGACCAGUAAGUGGUUAUACCUCUUUGAAGGCAGUGGGAUCCCGUAUGGCCCAAUCAACAACAUGAAGAAUGUAUUUGCAGAACCCCAGGUGUUACACAAUGGCCUCAUUAUGGAGAUGAAACAUCCGACUGUGGGGAAGAUAUCAGUGCCAGGCCCAGCUGUGAGAUACAGUAAGUUCAAGAUGUCAGAGGCCAGACCGCCUCCCUUGCUUGGGCAGCACACGACGCACAUCCUGAAGGAGGUCCUGAGAUACGAUGACAGGGCCAUCGAAGAGCUGCUCAGUGCUGGCGUGGUGACCCAACAUGAAGCUGAGUGACAGAGGAAAACUGCUCUUUCUCAAAACCACAUUCUGAAUGCACUUUACUAACAAAGGCAAUAGACUUUCUGGACCCUUCUCCCCAAUUCUGGUGCCUGCCACUGAGAAGAAGAGUUAGGGUAAUUCCAGAUUUCCUGCCUGGCGCUUCCAGGAUGGCUCUGGCAUCAGCGAAUCUAGUGUUUUCUAUAUGUACCCCACCUUGUAUUCCUUAUCAUUUUUUCCCCAGACAAUAGAUCAAUUGUGAAUUUGUAGGACUUUUGUGUAAAGAUUUUUUUUCUGGAAAAAAUACUUUCCUCAUUGUAAUUGGGUUAAUGGCCUAAAUGUUUACCCCUCCAGCCCACGCACGUCUGAAAAAGAGCAGAUCUCUUGAUGCUCUCUACUAGCACAUAAAGUCCUCAUUUAAACCUUUGUUAGGAAGUCAAAACAAUAAGCAGAAUGAUGGUCUCAGUGAUUGAUUUGAAACAGAAUAACUUAAUUUUGAGCUCAUGAACCCUUUGUUAAUUGGUAAUUUAAACCACGGACUUUGCUGGUGUCCAUUAUAAAACUGAGCUCCAUUCUCCCCUGUGGGGGUAAAUAUUUGCUUUAUGUUGUAUUUCUCUGAUUAUUUCAUGAUCUGUGGCAGAAAAUCAAUUUCUACCAAAGCAAUUUUGGGUGUAGGUAGCUAUCAGCAUUUGGGGGUAAAGAGUGGUUCUUUUUUUGAGCCAAGUGCAAACGUGACAGGUUCUUAAAUGAAUGUCAGAUGACUAACUAGGUGUUAAAUAAUGUGUAAAUAAUAACAGGAGAAUGAAAGGAAAACAUUUCUUUGUAAUCUGAAUAUCCACUAUAGAAGAAUAUAUCACACCUUAGUAUUAUUUGCAUUUAAGUAUUUGUCAGUGAAUUCAAAGUAUAAAAAACAGCUUCUGUCCAGAAGGUGGUAACUGAUUUGUAGAUAUGGAUAAAUUCCAGGAUAAAUUGUCACUCGGAUUGUCUAUCAACCAAGCCCAGGACAGACCAAGGAAUCAGAUGACCCCAUGAUCAAUACCUGAUGUGCUCUCAAUUAACGGCUGUUAGGCACACAUAUUUUAAAGCCAUGUCAUUACAUACCAAGUGGUAAAUGAAAGUUAAAUUACAGAUGUCCAUCUUUCAAACUGUGAUUUGGAGCUAGUUUUCUUUUCAUGUUCUUUUUAUUGGAAUGAGCUUAGCCAUUUAUGCAUACUGUAAGCCCCAAUGUGUUUCUAGAAUCAAGGAUUCCAAAUAAAUAGGAAAUUUGUC